AUGAGAUCCAAACACUACAAUUUAUUUUUUAAUAUCCACGUUUUUUUUUUUUUAAAGAAAUUGGAAAUGUCAGGUUUCUGGAUUUUAUUGAUGACCUUCAUUGCCAUGUGAAUGCUGAAGGCGUCCAAAAAAUGCAUUAAUCUCCUUUGAACAGUUAUUGGUGAGAUGUGUCUGCUACUACUGCUCUGUAAGGCUUCAUAACGCCUCUAAUCUGAGGUGCUGUUAAUUGGUCACUUUUCAGGCUGAUAACUCUAAAUAAACUUCUCGUCUGCGGCAGAGAUACAGUCCAACUUUUUAGAUGCUGGGUCAGUGCACAAUCCCUCUCAGAGUCACUAGUUUAUCAGCCGGAGAAAGAGAUCAGCGUGAACAUCAGUGACUCGGCUACUCUGCAGUGUUGUAUUUCUAAAACAGACUUUGGUACAAUAGCCUUGUUAAAGCUAACAAAAAGAACAAAACCUCAAGUCAUAGUAUAUUUCUAUACACGCGCUGGAGAAACUUUUUACAAUGAAUCCCAGAAGUUACGUUUCAAAAUAGAAAGAUUUUCAAGCUGUAUCAAUAUGACCAUUUUAAGCAUUAUUAAAUCGGAUGAAGGCAUGUACUACUGCAUGAUCAACUAUCCGUACACUGUGUUUGGCGAUGGAACUGAUUUAAAAAUUAAAGGUCAAAGUGUAACUAGUGUGUUAGAACAAUCUCAACCAGCUCUGCAUGGUAAUUCAGUGGUGUAUGAGGCUACAUUGCAUGAAAACAACACUAAGAUGAACACAAAAGAGAAAGCAGUGCCUGGUUUGGGAAUAGCUUUGGGCUUUUGCAUACUUCUGAAUAUUUGUCUCAUUUAUUUCAUACUGAGCACAAGGAAAAAUAAAAUAUUUAUUCUGAAUGGUUCUACUGAAAACUGUCCCGAAACAAGACAGGACUCUGAACCUGAAACAUUGAAUUAUGCAGCUUUGCAAUUCUCCAGGAUGCAAGCCCAAGCCGAAAAAAGGAAAACUGGAUCAUUGAAUGAGUGUGUGUACUCUGAUGUGAAAUAAAUCUGUAUGAUGUAACAGAAAUGAUUCAUAACACACUGGCACUGUGACAAGACAAAAACCAAAAUAUUUUGAAUAUAAUAUCUGUUUUUUUAAAGCAUAAAUAUUUAUGUUAUCUGUUUUUUUACAGCUAUCAAAUAAAAUUAAGGUUUCUGUU